AUGCGUGGUCCUUCUACCUAUCCUACCUUUGACAUGUCUUCGAGUGUUAUUGCGAAGAGUUCACAGANNGCACAAACUUUUCUGCCAAUCAGUAUGCUGAGAAAUUUGACAAAAGAGCCCGAGCCCAAAUUCCCGUUGUCGCGACGCUUCGCCAACACCAUAUCAGAGCUCUACCAAGAAGUGUCUACAGCCAACUUCUAUGGCCGCUGGAUCUGCGAGGGUUGCCCUGGAAAGCCUACUCCGGCUUCUGAGGUUGAUCUAGUGAUCUUCUAUGUCCAUGGUGGAGCCUAUCAAAUCGGUCAUCCAGCUUCCGCUAUCGCACCAUUCUUGCGUAUCGCCGAGGUUGCAGACAAGAAGGGCAUAUCCGUUGCGGUGUUUGCUCUCGACUACUCUUUGACGCCAGAAGCACAAUACCCCACCCAGGUCAACCAAGCAAAAGCGGCAUACCACUACCUGCUCAGAGACCAAAACGUCAAUCACUCGAAGAUUGCCAUGCUAGGGGACUCUGCCGGAGCGCAUUUGAUAUUGAACUUGCUCUGCGUACUGGCAAAUGAGAAAUCGCUGCCGAAGCCUGAAGCUGGUGCAUUCCUAGUUGCUCCCUGGAUUGACCUGCGUUGCUCCAAGGAUGGCUCGUUUGUCCGCAACAAGGAUGCCGAUUAUCUGGUUCGCGAUUUGCUCAUCACGGCUGGUGAGCAAGUUAUGCCGCGCGAGCUUGACAGUACAGUGUCGCACAUCAUCAACUUUUCCCGACCACGGCCAAACAAGCAGUCUUGGGCGGAUAUCCUACCGAGAAAAGUUUGGGUGGGUAUAGGCUCGAAUGACACGCUAUUGGAUGACGCUGUUGUCUUUGUCGACCGCGUGAAGGCCGACGGGUUGCAAGUGGACUUUGAGAUUGACGAUGGCAAAGUUCACGACUGGCACAUUGUCGAGGACAUUUUCGAUACAGACAACUAUUUCGCCAUGGUCGGUGAAGUUCCAGAGGGGAUGAUGAAAGGAGCUGCGACUAUGGCUCGAGCUCUUCUUUCCGGAAUGUCCCCAUAA